CAUACCGCAACACCACCGAGGAAGAACUACACCGGACAGCCAAUCAGCGACGCGUUUACUGAUUGGCAACGAAUCGACGUCUAAGUUGUUGCAGAGCCAAAAAGUUCAGAGGCUGAAUUGUGGACCCGAGCGGGGAAAUCUUGGCCUUCCGAUGGACAGUAUCGUGAUCGUGGACGAUGACGAGGAAGACCCUCAACCCUGUUCCUCCACUUCCUCUUCCUGUACUCCGGCCAGGAAGGAACCCCACAGGGCCUCCAUGCCCGCCCCUACCCACAUCACCCAAUCACCGUUUGCCUCCAGCCAGAAAGAGACCCGGAUCCUGCUGCUGGAGAACCAGAGGCUUUUCACAGAGUUUCUGGAGCACUGUGCUGGCCACACGCAGGACUGCCCGGAGGUCAUGACCUUCCUGCAGGCCAAGCACGCCAAGGCCUCGCCGGACUUCCUGAGCUCGGUGGAGUUCCGGAACACCCUGGGCCGCUGCCUGACCCGCGCCCAGUCCAGCCGCGCCAAGACCUUCGUCUUCAUCAACGAGCUGUGCACGGUGCUGAAGCAGCACGCCGCCAAGAAGAGGCAGCCCGUGAUCACGCUGCCCCCGCAAGAGCCACCGCCGACGCCGCCGCCCGGCGACCAGGGGGACCGCGGCCCAGCCGAUACCAACCAGGAGCCCCCCUCCACCGCCGGGCAGGAGGAGAGGAAGGCUGCCAAGGCCUCCAGGAGACAGAUUGCUUACCUGGAGAACCUGCUGAAGGUGUACUAUGACGAGAUUCGCAGGCUGCAGGAGAAGGAGCUGAGUCUGGAGGACAUGAUGCAGGACGACUCCGGAUACAUCCAGGAGCACAAACUCAAACGCAAGAUGAUGAAGAUCUACGAUAAGCUGUGUGAGCUGAAGGGGUGCAGCACGUUGACGGGGAGGGUGAUCGAACAGAGGGUGUCGUACAGCGGGACGCGGUACCCCGAGAUCAACAAGAAGAUCGAGCGCUUCAUUAACGGGCCCGAGGCCCAGCUGAACCCCCCGGACUACUCGGACAUCCUGCGGGCGGUGCGGCGGGCCAACGAGCGCUACGCCCUGUCCCUGUCCCGCAGGCAGCUCACCCAGAUCGCCCAGGACGCCUUCCGCGAGACCGGCAACCGGCUGCAGGAGCGCCGACACCUGGACAUGGUGUUCAACUUCGGCUCGCACCUCACCGACCUCUACAAACCAGCCGGCGACCCCGCCCUCACUGACUCCGCCCUGGCGCGCAAGCUGCGCUCCAAUAGGGAGGUGGCCCUGAACAGCCUGGAGGAGGUCAUCGGCAAGUAUGCCCUGAAGCAGGACGACACUGAAGAGGAGGAGCGGAGGAAGAGGCUGGAGAGGGACAGGACCAAGAAGGAGAAGGCGCUUGCUGCUCAGAAGGACGGGGAGAUGAAGAAAAAGACUGAGGAGGAGGAGGAGGAGAAGGAGGAGAAGGAUGAACAGGCGGAGAAGCAGGAGAAGGAGGAGCAGGAGGAGAAGCAGGAGAAGGAGGAGCAGGAGGAGAAGGAAGAAGACGACGAGGAGGAUGAGGAGGAGGAGGAGGAAGAGGGUGGUGCAAGUGAGGAAGAAGAUGAGGGAGACGAAGAGGAUGAGGUGUCCUCAGAUCCAGACAUCGAGGAGGAACUACAGGCCAGCCAAUUGCAAGAAGGAGCAGAUGAUGAUGAAGAGGAGGAGGAGGAGGAGGAGGAGGAUGACCCCGUGGAGUCGGGCCUGUCCUGCUCUGACGAGGAGGCGGAUGAGAAUGGCGAGGAGGGCAGCCAAUCAGCGAGCAGCAGCCGAGCAGAGACCGCAACAGACAAGAAGGAAGGCCCAACCCCCUCAUCCAGUCCCAGCCAAUCAGGAGCCACGGCGUCACCAGACCCCGACCUGGUGGCGGGCGAACCCGUCUCCACCAAUCACGUGGUGGCCGCCCAGCAAACCGCCAGCGAGGACGCACGCUCGACGACGCAGUCUCCGCCGCCUGAUUGGUCCGACCGGGUGGCCCCGCCUCCCAACGGCAGUCUGGCCCCGCCCAGCCCUGUGGUCACGGAGGUCACGGACGUCACGGACGUCACGCAGGUCACGCCCAACUCCAAGAAGAGGAAGAGGGUGAACGUGGCCAGCACUGGGACCGCCGUCAACGGUCGCCACAAACACAGCGACAGUGACAGCGAUAUUCCCCUGGAUAUGGGCGUGGUCACCAGCAGCCCCCUGCAGGCCGACUCCACCCGAGCUGACUCCCCCCCUCAGGACCCUGUCAGCAGCUCUGAGUACACCCCACCCCCAAAGAAGAACAAGGUCAACGUGUCAACCCAGUGCGACCCGGAUGAAGUGAUCAUCCUGUCAGACUCGGACUGACCCUUUGACCCAGGACGUGAACACUUGCUUCUCAAACACUGGGCCCACCCCCCCACCACCACUCUUCUCCAAUCCGCUGUCACCUUGUGGGCGGGUCUAAGGCAGAUGGGGUGGGCCAUGGCCCUCCUCAGGACCCCAUGUUGGGCGGUCUGAGCUGGACAGAUCUCUUGUACAUUUUAGCUGGAUUUAUGUCACAUUGUGAUAUGAACUUUCUUAUUUUAUUAUAAUUUUUUUGAUGUUUUAAAUGAAAUGUCAUUUGGAGAAAAAGGGUAUUGUAGGUUUUUUAUUUUAUUUUAUUUUUUCUUAAUACAUGUUCCGAGAGGUCAGCUGGGGUAAAGCAGGGUCCUUUUUAAUUUUCCUUCGGGCUUUGAGUAGACGGCUUCUUUCCUCGCCACCUGUCCUGGAUUGGGGACCUGACGCACGGUGUGCAGAGGCUUUUGGCUGCCUGUGGAUACCCCCCCCCCCCCCCCUCCUUGCCCUACAUGU